GCCCCACAGAUUUCUGGGAAAUUCAGUGUAACGGAAAACGGCAGUAUUUUCGCGCGACAAUGGUGAUUAGUUUAGUGAAAAAAAAUCAGUUUUACGCGAAUUAAUAACGAUUGUUUAUGAAAAUAAUAGUUAUCAAAAGGGUAUUGAGUGUAUUAUUGAAAAAUAUUCAUGUGCCAAAGUGAAUUACGAAGGGGAAAGUUGGUAAACAUGGAAAAACCGGGGACAGUGUCUUCUUAGAAUCUGUACGUGCUGUACUAUUUUCAUUUUUCGGAGAAAUGGGAAAUCGUUUUUGUUUUAUUACUAAAUAUUCUAAUGUUUUCCUUGGGAUUUGUUUCUACUUUAUUGUUUGUGCAAUAUCAACCAUGUGAAUAUUAAAAAAAGCAGUUGCCACAGUUGCUAAUUUGCCAUGGAGUUGUAUACUGGCUAGUAGCAAAAAUGGCGCGACCGGCAUUGGGCAGGUCACCUAGUGCAUCUUCCACAAGGAAUAGAUGCUGUUCUUGAAAAUGAUUGCUAAAAAAGUGAAAUAUUUGCAAUUCACUUUUGGAAAUUGUGGGGAUAAGUGAAUUCGAUAGAAAGGAUUAAAAGUGAGUGUGUGUGUGUGUGGAAGAUUUACAUAGUGAUUUAUUAUUCAAAAUAAUUCCAAUCUUCAGGGAAAAGUGCGAUGGAGUGGCACCAACGUGGGAUUCAUCGACCGGUGAGUCGUUUUGUUUAUAAGAUGCUUGACCGGAAUGGCAGAAAAGGUGCGCGAGGCGUCUGCUCGUGGUGAUGCCACGCGUCUCGCUCGCCUUCUCGAUGAUGGCGUCAAACCCCUUCCGGAUGAGCACGGUCGCAGUCCACUAUUAUUGGCCGCAGCAGCUGGUCAAGUGGAGACUUGCGAUACACUUAUUCUCCACGGCGUGGACAUUAAUCAACCUGACAAUUCUGGGAUAACUGCACUGCAAAGGGGAGCUGCGGAAGGUCAUCAGGAAAUCGUGGAACUUUUAAUCAAACACUCGGCUGAAAUUGGCCAUCAAGACACUGUCCAUGGGAACUCGGCGUUACAUGAGGCUUCAUGGCGAGGUUAUAGUCGAACUGUUGCUGUAUUGGCGAAGGCCCUUGGGACACAGCGUGCACCAUUGCACGCGAGAAAUCUCGCUGGAUUUGCGCCACUUCACUUGGCCUGCCAAAACGGACACAACCAAAGCUGUCGGGAACUUCUCUUGGCUGGAUGUAAUCCCGACCUUCAGAAUAAUUAUGGCGACACACCGCUUCACACUUCAGCACGCUAUGGUCACGCGGGCGUCACUAGAAUACUAAUUUCCGCUCUCUGUCGAGUAUCGGAGCAAAAUAAAAAUGGAGACACGGCGCUACACAUUGCAGCGGCUAUGGGUCGGCGAAAAUUAACAAGAAUUCUCCUCGAGGCAGGAUGUGAUCGUUCCUUACGAAACAAGCAGAGCGAAACCGCCAAGGAUAUAGCGAAGAGAAAAAAUCUUUCCGAAAUUUUGGAAAUAAUUAAUAAAUCACGUAGCAAGAGUCGAGCACGUAGCAAGAGUCGCGAGGAGGAGGCGGUGGCAGCGACGGCGACUGUCGACAAAGUUGACGGCAAAACGAAUGGAAAAGGUGAGAAGAAGCGUGAAAAAAAUGGAAGCGGUACCAGUGGCAGUAGAGACAGUGGUUCGAAGAAGGAAAAAAAGAAGCUCAAGAACGGAAAGCAGCAUAAGGUGCAUUUCGAAAAGACAAUGAUGGGUCGUGAAUGGUCACCGUACGGUUGUCACUAUUAUCCCGAUCCAGAAGCAUUUCCCCAACCACGUCUUGAUUCUUUACCGCCCGAUCCACUUGCUCGUGGCGAACAAUAUUAUCUCGAUCUCGCUGGUAACAUAAGAAAAGGACCAGUGGGUGUUGGUUACACCUGCUAUUGUGCACCAUUCUUUCGACACAUGGAGGCGAAGCUCGAGAGGGACAAAGCUGAAUUGAAGGCGCACAUCGAUCAGGCUCAUGAGAGACUCGAUCUCAAGGUCGCCAAUUUGGAGAAACGAACCCGGGGACAGAUAUCAGAGUUAACAAGAUGCGUCGCUGUCGAGCGUUCCAAGUGUGACGAGAGGCACUGUCACAUUCAACAGAAAUUGCUGCGAGGCGCUAAGGGCAGACACAGUGAGCGACCAAUAAGGCAGAUUAUUGUCGACGAACAAAAUCCACCAGCGCGUGCGAGAUCGUUGGAGGAUUUGUUGGAUGAGAGACCGCACGAUCGGAGUUUUGAGAUACCGGGCGAAACUCAUAUUCAUCGGGGUAGUCUCGAUGAUCUGGAUAUACCGGCGAUACCGAGGUUGAGUAAGUCUAUGAAGGAUCUGCAUUCACUGGGUAACUCGAGGCCAAUUCUUCGAGUACUGGAUAUUCCCGCGAGGCUUAAUGAGACAUUCGAUGGUGUCAUCAGACGGGGGGAUCGUUCAUCACCUCUGGGAGCUGCCUCGUCGCCUACCGUUAGUCUUCGCCAGCAGGUUUUGCAACAUCAGAUUUCUAUGUCGAAUGAUCACAGUUCGAGUCCCUGUCUGGAUGAAUUCACCCCGGUUUAUCGAACUAAAGACGAAAAUUGGAAAUCUUCAUCUAAACGUCGUAGUGUCCACGAGAUGAUCAAACGAUUUCAACAAGUCUCCGGUAUGCAUAAUGGCCGAAAAAGUCAACGGGACUUGACUGAAAGUGAACCGCCCAGUCCAAAUAAUCAUUCACCGAGAAUGCCACCCCAAGGUGGAAUUACCAAUGGUUGGCAUCGGGAAAACGGUGGUAACGAUAGUGAGAGCAGUGAAGCCGAUGAUGACGAGGAACAACCGGGACCAAUGAACGGAGUUAUACCAGGUAAAGGUAUCAUGUCCGAGAAUGUCCCCUACGACACGAUAGCCCAGAUGCCAUACAGAUCGCGCAAUGCCGUAUACAGUCCCACUCCUCCUUUGCACGACGCGCAUAAUGAUUCUGGCUACAGUACACGGAUGUAUGGCUCCAGUAAAGGAGCAUCUCCUUCUUUGUCAGGUCAGUUAGAAUGCGAUGUAAUACUACCACAAGGAUCGUUCCCCAGUGGAGAGCAACUUGCUGCCUUACUCGAACAGCCAAGAGGUCACGACUUGACAGUUUAUGAACGAGGAGUUGACAAUGUUGUUAUUAACAUAGGCACUGCGAGUUUAGUCUAACAUGUUAUUUUUUUUCUAAUUGUCCCUCUGAGUUUUCCAAAGACAACAACAAUUGUAUAGCAGAGAUUUUGUAACAUUACUGAUAUAUGUAAAAAUAAAAUAAACUCUUUUUUUGUAUAUUUUCAUCA